AUGAUCGGUCCUAAUCAAUACAUCUCCGGUAUCCCUGCUCCUAUUCCUUCUAUUCAACCUGUCCCUACGAUGGUACCUGUCCAACCCAUUGUAUCUAUCCAAGCACUCUCCAUGGAUCCUACUCUUCCAUUUCAACCGAUGCAACCCAUUUCGCAAAUCCCUCUUCAGCCUGUUCAACCGAUACAACCGUUUCAAACCAUACCAUCCAUGUCUAUUCAGCCUAUGGUUCCCAUGAUCCCUUCACAACCUCGUUCUACUUGGGUCAACCCAUCUUUCCCUCCUACCGUCCAAUCCACCUAUCCUUCUCAGAUAUAUCCUAUCAAUACCGCUCCUCUCCCUCCACCCAUCUGGGGUUCCGGUGGAGAGAGUACUGUCACAGGUCUAAGUACUAUGCCUCCUCGAUACAUUGCCGGACUUCAUCAAGAACCAAUGGAUAGAGGAGAAGAAGAGGUGCAAGAGGAAUGGGAUAAUUAUAAUAGGCGUAAGGCAAAGGAAAGGAAGAGGGAUCGUUCCACAAAGAAUACGCCAGAAAAGAGGACGGUAAGAGUGGAUGAUAGAGGAGCAUCUGAGGAAGGAAUGAAGGAUGGACAAGGAGGCUCAACGUUGACCGUAACUAUCAAGAGGGAGAUGAAUGAGGGAUCUGUAGAUCAUGAAGGAUCUAGACAAGAACAUCAUAUCCGUCGACAGUGA